AUGCAGCUCACCACAGUGCUCACCCUCUCAGCCUCCCUGCUAGCAGCACAGGUCACGGCACUGCACGCCGACCCCGAAAACCCAAUGGGCAUCCACAACCCAGACCUCUACAACAAUGAGCGCGCCGCAGUAAACCACGGCCCAGCCGCGAACGCCGAAAUCCCAGCCUACAUGGCUCCCCUCGUCUCCUCCAUGGCCUCCGCAAUGGCCGCGUCCAAGAUGCACAAGCCCACGUCGACACCCUCGCACGCAUCCGCCUCGCACGUCCCAGCAUGGUCCAACGUCGCCAUGGCACCACACCCAAACCUGCCCAUCUACCCCGACGUCCCCAUGUACUCCCAGGGCUCAAUGUACUCCAGCCUCGCCAUGUCCACUCCCGUCUCAACCCCCUACGCCAGGUCCUCCAACGCACCCAUGUCCUCGAACAUGUACAUGAGCUCAAUGCUCACCAAAGCCUCCUCAACCCCCCUCAGCUCAAUGGCUCGGCCUACCCGCUCUGCCACCCAUGCCUUCAAGCAGUAUGCUAAGCAGCACUUCAACCAGCCCCAGCAUCCCGCUUUCCACCCCGCGCAUGUUCAUGCUCUGGGCGACGGCGGUAUCGCGCCCAUCGAGCCCUUGGCGCCCGGUUCCGAUGUCGCGCCGGUGCACAUUGAAAAGCACCAUGGUGCUGAUGAGGGUAAUGCGUUCUGUAUGGGAGUGUGCUAUCCUAGUGAGGAGGAGGCUCAGUGCCCGCAGCCUGAGACUUCGCCUGUCUACAGAAGUUCUCACGGUUGCUGGACUUGCUGCUUUACUGCCGGUGACUUUUAG